GUGUUUUUUCACCAACGGGGGGGUUUAGACCAUUGCAGGGGCUAGCAAUGGACGACCGCCUUGAUGAUGGCGAGAAUGUAGUGCCAAGUGACAUUUCCAUCUUGGCCGAUCUACUUCAAAUCUUGGGGCCGUACCAGAGCCAGGGCCUACCUCUGACGGAGCUCCAUGAGAAGUUGCCUGCCCACUUGGCCCACCUGGCUGGUAGCAUCGAUGUGACGCGCAACUGGCUCCAGCGCUAUCCGCAGAUCAUCCAGCUGGCUGGGCCGCGGGGCGAAGAGCAGGUGGUCUUGGCCCUGGCGAAGGCUGCUACCCCCAGCCCCAACCACGACAAGGUCGAGAAGCCCGCGCCGCCGGCGCCCGCCGGAGCAGCGAGGCAGCCGCCAGUGCCGCCCAACGUGCCCAGCUGGCCGGCAAUGCCCGGAAUCCACGGAUGGCCUGCUCCAGUGGGCCCCGUGAUGGAUGGCUAUGGCUACGGAAUGGGUAUGGCCCCAGCUGGCGGUAUGAGCAAUGCCCUUCGAGUGGAAAAGGACGGCAAUGCCUUUGUGGGGGAUGAGGACAAUUCAAACCCCUGCUCUGUGCAGUUGAGGGGGCUCCCAUUCAGAGCCAGCAUUGAGGAUGUCAAAGCCUUCCUGGGAGACCAUGCGAAAUACUUGAAUCCUGAGAAGAAACCGAACAUUUGCCUUCUCUCAAAUCGCGAUGGGAGGCCUUCAGGCUUUGCUCGCAUCUUCUUUGUGAGUCCACAGGCUGCACACAAAUGCAAAGAGGCCUUGCACAGGAAGCAGAUGGGAGACCGCUAUGUUGAGGUCUUGGGCACCGAUCGUGGCCGGGGCCGUGCCCGCAAAGGGACCGAGGAGGAUUUGUCAGUGCCACAGGCACCCUUUGAUGCUGCAACUGAGCAAGUGGAGAAGGAAAGGGUCUUGAGCGAAUGUCGAGAACAUUUGAGCGCACCAGGCAGAAAUCAAACUUUGCUCAGUAUGCUUGGGAUAGCCCUGACAGAACCAGCACGCAACUACCUUCGUCGUGCCAAUCUGGGGCUCAAGCAUUUCUUGGCUCGCUUCCCAAACGAAUUUAGGGUGGAAGGACCAAAGGGAUGUGAGAAGGUCAUUUGGCAAAAUCCUGAUGGUUUGAUCUACGGCCUUCCAGAUGGCCGGAUCAUGCCUGAAGAAGAGCCGUCCACUCCUGAUACCAGGCUCAUGUCACCCACCAGGCCUCCGCCUUCUGGAAAUCACUUCAUUGCAACGCCGAGUGAUUGGGGCACUCCGCAGGUGAAUUCCGGAGCCAUGGGGAUGGACUUUCCGUUCCCGGGUCAUUGGCCCAGCUUUCCACCCUGGUCCUCCUCGCAAUGGAUGCCCUGGAUGGAGAAUGCAACCACUCCAGUGAGCGCAAAGCAGAAGAAGAUCAACAAACCUCCGCCAGCUGACGGUGUUCCCAUGUCCAGGAGUCAUGCCCAUUUGCAUCCCCAGAGCCAUCCCUUCGCAGAAGAAAGCGAGGCAAAGAGGGAUGGAGACAGUGAAUGCCUCAUCGACAAGAGCAGUGUGGCUGCACUUCGUUUGAGAGGAUUGCCUUUCAGCGUCACUGUGCAGGAUGUUCUGACCUUCUUUGCCCAGCACAAUGUGGCCGACACCAUCCAUGACGGGCCCAAUUCUGCCAAGUUGCUUCCCAAAGCCAAUGGCAGGCCCUCGGGGCAGGCUGUGGUCCAGAUGCGAAGCCGAAGGGAUGCUGAAGUGGCACAGAAGGCAUUGAACCAUAAAUAUGUCGGAGGUCGAUACAUCGAGGUUUUCGUCUACGGCAAUGAGGAUGACAAGGAUGAUCUCCCAGCACCGGAGGCGGGUUCCAGCGAGGGCUGGUCCGAGUGGUCCACCAGCUUUGCCAAUGCAGGUCUAGCAUGGCAAUGGGGGAACCCGCAAUAUCAACAGAAUGAAGAGGCCAAGGAUGGGGGCUGGGAUGCUCUCAUCAUGCAGGCCAUGUUGCCGCUGUCGCACUCCGUGCCGCCCUUUCCAAUCUCUGAGGGUUCUUCCAAACCCACCUUGCAGGUCUAGCGACCGGUCUCAGACUGGAACUCCCGAGCCCAGGCCCAGCCAUUGCCACUGAGUUCCCAGAGGUUGAUGAACC